GCGUCUUUUCCUUCCUCCUUACUACUAGUAAGGUAUCGUCUCCGUCCUCCGCCUACUGCCUCCUCCCUCCCACAUUGGCUGGCUUCCUCACCAACCAUCCCUCUCUCUCACCGUCGACAUUCACCGCACACCACCUCCCCAUCCGUGAAUCCAGACGGCCUCGCCCAUCCACCGCGUCUGUCCUCUCCAUCUUAGCCGCCUCACCUUCUCGUUCCCUUCCACUUCCUCCUCACUAACUCACUCACUCUCUCUCUCCCCCCCUCUCUUUCUCAACACCCAAUCGGUCUUCCCCCUCACUCGUCUCCUCCCUCCCCCCCCCCCCCUGGUUCACCGCAUCUCCUGCUUCUCCUGUCCCUGCUCUCCUCUCGGCAUCCGACAGACGACCUUCCGUGAUUCUCUGCACCUUCUCUCCCGCAAACUUCACGGUUCUUCAAAGUUUACAAUAUGGUCGUGGCAACAAUUAAAUGUGUUGUCGUCGGUGACGGUGCCGUUGGCAAGACCUGCCUUUUGAUCUCCUACACGACGAACAAGUUCCCUUCCGAAUAUGUUCCCACGGUGUUCGAUAACUAUGCCGUCACGGUCAUGAUUGGCGAUGAGCCCUACACCCUGGGAUUGUUCGAUACUGCUGGUCAGGAGGAUUACGAUCGUCUCCGUCCUCUUUCGUACCCUCAGACGGAUGUCUUCCUCGUUUGCUUUUCGGUCACUUCGCCUGCCUCCUUUGAGAACGUACGCGAAAAGUGGUUCCCCGAGGUGCACCACCACUGCCCCGGUGUCCCCUGCCUGAUCGUGGGCACCCAAACCGAUCUUCGCGACGAUCCCGCGGUCCGCGAGAAGCUUUCCCGCCAGAAGAUGCAACCGAUUCGCAAGGAAGAUGGAGACCGUAUGGCCAAGGAGCUGGGCGCAGUGAAAUACGUCGAGUGUUCUGCUCUCACGCAGUACAAGCUCAAGGACGUUUUUGACGAGGCCAUUGUUGCCGCGCUCGAGCCUGCUCCCAAGAAGUCGAAGAAGUGCGUCCUGCUGUAAUUGAUCCCGGGAUCUUACAGGGCAGGCCCGUACGCUCCGGAGGGUUCAAGGCCUG